AUGGAGCAGCCGCCGCCUCCUCCACCGCAGCCGCCGCUUCCAGGCACCCCGCGCCAGCAGCCGCAGCGCGCCGGGGCCCGGGGAGGUUGGGCUAGGGACCCGCCGCCAGGGCGAACCGCCGCCUCUCUCGCACGCCCGCCGGAGACAGGAUCACUACGCGCCUCUGCCGUGCGCGCCGAGGUUCCUCCGCCUCCGCAUGCUCGCCGCGCUAGCGAUUCGCCCCGCGGGAGGAUCCCGGGCUGGGAGGGGCCGGCCAGGCAGCCAGGAGCGGAGCGCGAGUCAAUGCCGGCUGCGCGGCCGAGCGGAGCCGGGCAGCGGGAGCCGCCCGAGCGGCAGCGGCGGUGGCGGCGGCGGCGGCGGCAGCAGCAUCCCCCGCUCUCGGUGCCAGCACUCGGAGUUGCUGCUGCUGGCAGGCAUGAGUGUUAUUAUAUUGAGCGGCGUUGCCGGUCCAUUGCACUGAGCCAAUGGCAGGGAGCCACUGGGCUGAUACUGAGAGCUGUCAGAGGAGUACAUCUGUCACCCGCGGCCUCCCUCCGCCCUCCCCCGCCGCCGCCGGGACCCACGGCAGCGCCGGUCUGGGCGCGAGUGGGAGCGCGCGGCGAGCGAGACGCCCCCCAGCGCAGCGCCGCGGCGGCGGAGGGCCAGGGACUCGAAGGCCACCGCGGGCGGGCGGCAGAGCGGCCCGAGACCGAGAAGUGGGAGACUCCUGUAAGACCACCUGUCCUCUUCAUGAAAUUAUUGAUAUAUACAUUUACCUGCUUAACCUGUGAAACUACUUCAGUCUUCAGAGUCACAGGAUCAACGUAUCUUAGCAGCACAAUUUUGCAAAACAAUCCUGGAACUUAAGAGAAAGUGAAAAAAAUUGGAGGAAGGAAAAGCUUGAGCACUUCAGAAGAAGAGCUGCUUAAAACUUGAACAAGAUGCUUUGAGAUAAGCUGUACUGUGAAGUGACCUUAAGGAUGGAAGCCAUGGAUUACAAUUAGGUAUCAGAAAGAUACAAGGAAGUUGGGUCCACUAAUCAGUCUACUUUGUAAUUUUUUCUUUACCUGAGAAACAAAAUUAUACUAUAUAUGAUAAUAAAUAUAUUACUUGGUAAACUUAUUGUAGUUGCAAUGAAUAGAUAUUCUGUAACAGGGGAAAAGUGGAGGAGUAACUAGUCAGGGAUUAUUUGAAUUGUCAACUAGUAAAAUAAUGAUGCGCUAACUGCAAAAGCUAUUGUGAAGAAAUGAUAAAUAAUACGGGAAUGUAAAUUGGUGCAGUCACCAUGGAAAACAGUAUGGAGUUUCCUCAAAACAAAAAUAGAACUAUCAUAUGAUCCAACAAUUUCACUCCUGGGUAUAUAUCUGAAGAAAAUAAAAAACACUAAUUUGAAAAGAUACAUGUACGCCAGUGUUCAUAGCAGUAUUAUUUACAAAAGUCAAGAUAUGGAAGCAAAUUAAGUGUCCAUCAACAGAUGAAUGGAUAAAGAAGAUGUAAUAUAUACAUCUAUCUAUCUAUCUAUCUAUAUACAAUGGAAUAUUAUUCAGCCAUAAAAAAUGAAAUUCUGCCAUUUGCAACAACAUGAAUGGACCUAGAGAGUAUUAUGCUGAGUGAAAUAAGUCAGAUAAAGACAAAUACCGUAUGUUAUCACUUCUAUAUAGAAUCUGAAAAAAUAAGACGAAUAUAUAUACAAAACAGAAACAGACUCGCAGAUAUAGAGAGCAAACUAGUUGUUACCAGA